GAGAAGGACAGGAGCUUAACCUUGGUGUAAGUUCAGUGAACAUUCCUUUCAUAAUGAGCAAAUGAGCUAAUCUAGGGGGAUGUAUGAAUGGCGGUAUAUUUAUGGGGUAAAUCAGCUAGAAUCAAUCCAUCGAUCUAUUGGGGGCUCCACUGCCACUGAGAUUGGAACGGAACAAUUUAUACAGCUCAAAGGCGAAAAGGAAGAUGCCAUUGAAAUAAUUUCAAUAUUGGAUUUGCCUUCUGUUUCCAUCCAUGUGCAUACAGUCAUCCAGCUUUGUGUUUGCCGAUCACCAACACCAACCCGCGGAUGGUCACCUGGUCCCCAUCGGAGCUACCCGCGCUAAAAGAUCAAGCUAAGAUACGCGAUGCUCUUCUUCUCCCCGAUCUCUUUUUCUGCCAAACUUUCUCCUGCUUUUCCUUGGUGUCGCUACCUGCCUUCACCAUGAAACCAUACAUCGGUAUCCCAGCGGUGAUAGUGCUUGUUCAUCGUGCCUGGUCGCGAAAGUCGCUGACCACUCCCGGCCUCAUUGCGGCUGCGCUGACAGCCAGCGCCCAUGCUCUUCAUCCGUGGUCCGCUCCUUUUGUCUUGUUAGGAGUAUUCUACUUUGGGGGCACCAAAGUUACCAAGGUUAAACACGAUGUUAAAGCUCGUUUGACGCUCUCCGCGACCGGCUCCGAGGGCGGCGAGGGUCAGCGUACCCACAUCCAAGUCCUGGCCAACUCUGUUGUCGCGACAGUGCUUGCUCUCCUACAUACAUAUGUUCUUGCAGGACAACCUGCAAGCGCAACACAGUGCUUUUCGAAUGGUCAUAAUGUGGCGGAUUUGUUGGUUGUGGGAAUAGUCGCGAACUAUGCCGCAGUCGCCGCUGAUACAUACUCCUCCGAGCUUGGUAUCCUAUCCAAGUCCAAACCCCGCCUGAUCACCUCCCCCACCUUCCGCGUCGUUCCUCCCGGUACCAAUGGCGGUGUAACUGGAACCGGACUCCUAGCAGGAGUGCUGGGUGCUUUUACAAUUGCUGUGUCGUCCGCUGCUAUCCUACCUUUCUGCGCCGAAGCCGAUACCCUGUCGAUGCUCAAGAGCCGGGCCCAGUGGAUCUUGGCCGUGACAAUGUGGGGAGGUUUGGGCAGUGUGCUGGAUAGUGUCUUGGGUGGAUUGCUGCAGGCUAGCGUGGUCGACAAGAGAACAGGAAAGGUUGUCGAAGGAGCUGGUGGUCAGAAGGUCCUUGUUCACCCCUCUUCUACUAAGCCCGGUGUCCCAGCUGAUACCACCGGUCUGAAGCCUGCUGGGUCAAGCUCGAGUGCGCAGGUACACGCCACCGAGGCAGUAGCUAACACCGCCACUCUGAAAGGAACCAGGGCUACUGGAACAUCGACGGGAACAUCCGCAGGAGAAACUGAAUCGGGACACGAAAGCCGGCGGGUAGAAAGUGGACGGGACCUCUUAGAUAACAACGCCGUCAAUCUUCUAAUGGCCUUUACGAUGAGUGUUGGGGCUAUGGGCGCUGCAAGCUGGGCUUGGGGUCUGAACAUUGCUGACUUGGCUUUGUGGUAGCUAUUGAAGGUUUGAGGCGUAUCUACGAUCGCAAUGCUAUGAAAUGAUUUUUAUGACUUUAACUGAGUUGAACUAUAUCAAAUAAUGGGUAUAUGUGAAAGGUAGGAAGGAAGAGAAGGAGAUAUGCAUGUGACACUCACUAGUCGGGCAGGUGCAGAAAACGGUAUGAAAG